ACUCAAAAAAGAAUAACCAAACAGAGGCGAUAAGGUUGCAUCAUGGGGUUUCUCGUGCUUCUUUCUCUCUUGUCAAUCUUUAUUCUAUUCAUCAUCCAUAUACACAAAACAAAGAGUAGAACAUCAUCAAUUCCACCACCAGGUCCUAAACCACUACCUAUAAUUGGAAAUCUACACCAAAUUGAUCCUUCAUUACCACAUCACUCCUUAUGGCAACUUUCCAAACACUAUGGUCCUAUCAUGUCUUUGCACCUUGGCUAUAUCCCAACCUUAGUUGUUUCUUCAUCAAAAAUGGCCAAAGAAGUAAUGCAAACCCAUGACCUUAAAUUUUCAAGUAGACCAUCUUUACUAGGACUAAGAAAAUUGUCUUACAAUUGCUUAGAUUUGGCUUUUGCACCUUAUAGCCCUUACUGGAAAGAAAUGAAAAAACAUUGUGUUGUUAAUCUCUUUAGCACUCAACGUGUUCAUUCUUUUAGAUCCAUUAGAGAAAAUGAAGUGGCCCAAUUGAUUCAAAAGUUGUCACAAUAUGAUGGUGAUGAAAAAGGUGUGAACUUGAGUGAAACAAUGAUGUCUUUCACAAAUACACUUAUAUGUAAGAUAGCUUUAGGAAAAAAAUAUUUUUUUGAUUAUGAGGAAGAAGUUGAAUUGGGAAGUGAACAAAGGAGAAGUAGAUUGAAAAUUUUACUUAAUGAAACUCAAGCUUUGUUAACUGAAUUUUACUUUUCAGAUCAUUUUCCUUUGUUGGGUUGGGUUGAUAGAAUCAAAGGAACUCUUUGGAGGCUUGAUAAAACUUUCAAGGAAUUAGAUUUGAUAUACCAACGAGUCAUCGAUGAUCAUAUGGAUAAUUUAGGAAGGCCUAAAAGCAAGGAACAAGAAGUAGUUGAUAUUAUUGAUAUAUUAUUGCAGAUGAUGAAUGAUCACUCACUUUCUUUUGAGCUCACUCUUGACCACAUCAAAGCUUUGCUUAUGAACAUCUUUAUAGGAGGAACCGACACAAGUACAGCAACAGUGGUUUGGGCUAUGACAGUAUUGAUGAACAAUCCUAGAGUGAUGAACAAGGUUCAAAUGGAAAUCAGAAACUUAUAUGAAAACAAAGAUUUCAUAAAUGAAGAUGAUAUUGAAAAGCUUCCUUAUCUUAAAUCAGUGGUCAAAGAGACAUUGAGAUUAUUCCCUCCGACACCAUUAUUAUUGCCAAGGGAAACUAUACAAAACUGUAACAUAGAUGACUAUGAGAUUAAACCAAAAACUCUAGUGUAUGUUAAUGCAUGGGCCAUAGGAAGAGAUCCUGAGAAUUGGGAAGAUCCUGAAGAGUUUUAUCCUGAAAGAUUCUUUAUGAGUUCAGUUGAUUUUGAAGGGAAUAGUUUUGAGUUGAUUCCGUUUGGAAGUGGAAGAAGAAUGUGCCCAGGAAUAAAAAUGGGAGUGCGCACUGUUGAACUUUCACUUGCUAAUCUUGUUCACUCUUUUGAAUGGAAAUUGCCUAAUGGUUUUGAUAAGGAUCAAGUUUUGGAUACACAAGUGAAACCAGGGAUCAUUAUGCAUAAGAAAAUUGAUCUUUAUCUUGUUCCGAGGAAAAGGAAACAAUAGUGUUUUGUACUAUUGACACUAUGUUCUUGCUUGCAUCAAAGUUCUACUAUUGGGUUACAAAUUAACAAGUCUGGCCCGACCUAUAUGGUUGGGUUAAUGGACCAACCCGGUCAAUUUUAUUUUAAUUUUUCCUUUUAUUCACUUUUUUUUAUGCCGCUUUGAUGUAUUUGUUUCUCGCAAUUAUUAAUUUUAUUGAGAUUCAAUGCAAGUGUAAAUAAUUUUAAAUCAACACUAAAUAUAAAUUAAACUCUAGUUUGAUUCAUGUAAAAAA